CAGUCAGAAGAUCAACAUCCACCCACCAUCGCCUCCUUACAUCACUUACUAAUUGCCAUCCAUCAUGAGGGAAAUAGUGCACAUCCAGGCCGGCCAGUGCGGAAACCAGAUUGGUGCAAAGUUCUGGGAGGUGAUCAGCGACGAGCACGGCAUCGACCCAACAGGAACCUACCACGGAGACAGCGACUUGCAGCUGGACAGGAUCAGUGUGUAUUACAACGAGGCCACUGGUGGGAAGUAUGUGCCCAGAGCCAUCCUUGUUGACCUGGAACCAGGCACCAUGGACUCAGUCCGCUCCGGACCCUUUGGACAGAUAUUCAGACCUGACAACUUUGUCUUUGGUCAAAGUGGAGCAGGAAACAACUGGGCCAAAGGUCACUACACAGAGGGGGCGGAGCUGGUGGACUCGGUCCUCGAUGUGGUGAGAAAAGAGGCUGAGAGCUGUGAGUGUCUGCAGGGUUUCCAGCUCACACACUCCCUGGGAGGAGGCACCGGCUCUGGCAUGGGCACCCUGCUCAUCAGCAAGAUCAGGGAGGAGUACCCUGACCGCAUCAUGAAUACCUUCAGUGUGGUGCCCUCUCCGAAGGUAUCAGACACGGUGGUUGAGCCGUACAAUGCCACACUGUCAGUCCACCAGCUGGUGGAAAACACGGAUGAGACCUACUGUAUUGACAAUGAAGCCCUUUAUGACAUUUGCUUCCGCACUCUCAAACUCACAACGCCCACCUACGGUGACCUCAACCACCUGGUUUCGGCCACCAUGAGCGGCGUGACCACUUGCCUGCGUUUCCCCGGCCAGCUCAACGCCGAUCUCAGGAAACUGGCAGUCAACAUGGUUCCCUUUCCUCGUCUCCACUUCUUCAUGCCCGGCUUUGCCCCUCUGACCAGCAGGGGGAGUCAGCAGUAUCGCGCCCUGACGGUACCCGAGCUCACCCAGCAAGUGUUUGACGCCAAAAACAUGAUGGCAGCUUGCGACCCUCGCCAUGGACGCUACCUGACAGUGGCUGCUGUGUUCCGCGGGCGCAUGUCCAUGAAGGAGGUGGAUGAGCAGAUGCUGAAUGUCCAGAACAAGAACAGCAGCUACUUCGUGGAGUGGAUCCCCAACAACGUCAAGACAGCCGUCUGCGACAUUCCGCCACGUGGCCUCAAGAUGGCCGUCACCUUCAUCGGCAACAGCACAGCCAUCCAGGAGCUGUUCAAACGCAUCUCUGAGCAGUUCACAGCUAUGUUCAGGCGCAAAGCUUUCCUCCACUGGUACACCGGCGAGGGCAUGGAUGAGAUGGAGUUCACCGAGGCAGAGAGCAACAUGAACGACCUGGUGUCCGAGUACCAGCAGUACCAGGAUGCCACGGCCGAGGAGGAGGGGGAGUUUGAGGAAGAAGUGGAAGAGGAUGCCUAAAGAAGUGCUGUGACAAGUGCUGAAGAAAGAGAAGAAGUUGCUAACCAAAAAGAAAACAAAUUUUAAAAAAAAUGUGAAAAGAGUAAAUAUUCUGGCGAGGAAUGUAGCAGAACAGAUGAGGAAGGCUGGAUGGAGAAGCAUGGGGGUCUGAGCUGGCGAAUGGAGGGAGAGAAUUCAUUCAUUCAAACCAAAUUCAUGUGCCAUGGUUUAUUGUGACGCCAUGUAGGCCGGUUUUACCAAAACUCGCCUCGCAGAAUCUUUUUACACUAAGAUCUUGUCUUGUUGCAAAUGUACAAAUCAUCAAAAGCACUUCUUACCCCUUACGCUCACCUCACGUUAGCUCACACUCCAUGCAAACACGCUUCUACAUUUUUGUCAUUACAUAUUUUGCUUUCAUUGGAAAAAUGUAAUCUCUGUGCAUCUUCACUGAUCUGCAGUGCAGAUGUCUUAAACCAAAAGGGUUUAAGUAUUUAAACAAAGGUUCGAGACCCAACACUUGUGACUUAUAUUGUUUUGGGGAAACCAAGUCUAUAACCUUCAAAGUGAGCUUCAGAAAUGUGAAAUCAUGCCACAAUCACUGUUUGUUGCUAUCAGUGUUCAUUACUUUGGGUCUUAAAAGCUGACAAAAUGAUCAGAGAUGAAUGUAAAUCUCUCCAUUCCUGUUAAACACAAGAAUUCUUUCACAUUGUAGUAAUGGAGUAAACCCAGCUUGCAUCACUACUAUCCUCUGUUUGCAGUCACCGUCUUUGGGUUCAGAGUCGAUAGAUGGCGUCUGGUGGUCUUGCCUCAUACCACGUUCAGCACUGUGAAAAUUUCCAUCAUUUUUCUGAAUCUACAGAAAACGUUCAGUUCAACAGCUCAACUUCUGAUGCUUGUACGUUUUGAUGUCACAGCAAGAAACACGUUUUAAAAAUAAAAUGCUUGGAUGCUUUUUACUAAGGAAAAACAUCAGUCUGUAGUUUUAGAUGUUAGCCUGUGAAAUGUUUUGUCUUGUGAAGAAGUGCACAAUUUAACAUUCUGGUAAAUGUUCACACUCUGAGCCACUGCAGCAUGCAUUCACAUCACACAGAAGUCAUUUGUGGUCAAAAUGCGCUCGUUAGCAUGCUGUCUUCAUGUCUCUGUGUGCUUUGUCGGUUGUUAGCACCUUAAUUCCUGUGGAGAAGUUUUACUUGGGAUCCCAGUGACUGUGAAACAUU